CACCUCGCUCUCUCUCUCUCUUUCGUAUCCUUUCUGUCUUGUCCUUUGUGUGUCACAGUUCACUUCUCUCUCUUUCUUUCUCUUUGCUCAAUGCAUAAAAGAACGAACCACCGUCACCACCACUACUCCGAUCUCUUUCUUUAGAGCAAACUACUUAUUCAACAACCAAAAAUGCGGGCUUCAUUGCCCUUCUUGAUUCUAGCAGUGCUAGUGUCUGUGUCGGUGGUUAACUGUGCCAGUGUUCUUCCUUUGGAAAGAAUUUUUCCUUUGAACCAUCCGGUCGAACUCGACCAACUCAGGGCUCGCGACCGGGUCAGACACUCCCGUCUCUUGCAAGGUUUUGUUGGUGGCGUUGUCGACUUCCCAGUUGAAGGCUCUCCCGAUCCAUAUCUUGCUGGGGUCAAUGGAUCUUCAAAUCCCUUACUCUAUUUCACAAAAGUGAAGCUGGGCUCUCCUCCAAGAGAAUUCAAUGUCCAGAUUGAUACAGGAAGUGAUGUCUUAUGGGUCAGCUGCAGUUCCUGCAGUAAUUGCCCUCAAUCUAGUGGUCUUGGAGUUCAGCUCAAUUACUAUGAUGCUGCUAGCUCAACAACUGCUUUGCCAGUCCCAUGUUCACACCCUAUUUGUACUUCAGAAAUGCAAACGACAGCAACUCAAUGCUCUCCGCAGAGUAAUCAGUGCAGUUACUCAUUUCAAUAUGGAGAUGGAAGUGGGACGACAGGCUACUAUGUAUCUGAUACAUUUUAUUUUGAUGCUGUUUUGGGAGAGUCUUUGAUUGCUAACUCUUCAGCAGCUAUUGUCUUUGGAUGUAGCACCUUCCAAUCUGGGGAUUUGACUAAGACGGAUAAAGCAGUUGAUGGAAUAUUUGGGUUUGGCCAAGGUGAUCUCUCUGUCAUAUCACAGUUGUCAUCCCAUGUGAUAACACCCAGAGUGUUUUCUCACUGCUUGAAAGGACAGGGGGGCGGUGGUGGCAUUUUGGUUCUUGGUGAGAUUUUGGAGCCGGGCAUAGUUUAUAGUCCCCUCGUGCCAUCACAGCCUCAUUAUAAUUUAAAUCUGCUGAGCAUUGCUGUCAACGGACAAUUGUUACCAAUUGAUCCAGCAGCAUUUGCAACAUCAAAUAAUCGAGGAACUAUUGUUGACUCUGGAACAACUUUGACAUACCUUGUGGAAGAAGCUUAUGAUCCUUUUGUCAGUGCUAUAACUGCUGUGGUCUCACCAUCUGCAGUUCCCACAAAAUAUAAAGGAAAUCAAUGUUAUCUAGUCUCCACCAGUGUAUCUCAAGUAUUUCCUCCCGUUAGUUUCAAUUUUGCUGGCGGUGCAUCUAUGUUGUUGAAACCGGAAGAGUAUCUUAUUAGUCUUGGUUCCUAUCAGGCUGGUGCUGCAAUAUGGUGCAUUGGUUUUCAGAAGAUUCAAGGAGGAAUAACAAUUUUAGGAGAUCUUGUCCUAAAAGAUAAAAUUUUUGUGUAUGAUAUAGCUCAUCAACGGAUUGGAUGGACUAACUAUGACUGUUCAUUAUCUGUGAAUGUCUCUGUACCUUCUAGCAAGGACUUCAUCAAUGCAGGACAACUGAAUGCGAGCAACUCGGCAAGGGACAUGCUCUUGAAGCUGAUACCUCUGGCCAUUAUGGCUCUCCUAAUGCACAUAUUAGCAUUAGUGGAUUUCCAAUUUUUGUAAUUUAAGCCGCAGGUUUGAAGUUCUAUUCUUUAUGGUAUUGGAAUUAUUGGCCUAGCUGGCUUUUAUUUAGCGGUCGGCUAUGCAUGUGGAUUUACUUGGAUUACACUUGUAGCUGUUCAGGCGUCUAUUCUUCAAAUGGGGGAAUUCAGCUUUUUUCUUGUAAAGGGAAGGCUGCUGGAAUUGUAAAUUAUUGAUAUCUGUGAUAUUGGGUUGGGUGCUGUAGUAUUAUGUUGUUGUUAAGUAGAACAAAACAUUUUGUCCCAGGAGAAAACAAGUCUUCUAUGGUGACAACUUUUGGGAUAGAUAGAGAUAUAUAGAAAUGAUAGUGUCCAUGCUAGUAUGUUUCUUUUCUUAUUUGCUGCUUCUUUGUUACUUCUUGGAUAACUUUAGAAGUGUUAAUAGCUGUAUGACUUCUGUUGAGGAUUGUAAUACCUUUUUUCUCUGAUUAGUGAUUCCUAAAUGAAAUGCACAAAAGUUGUGAAUCUA